GCCUUCCCACUCUUCCCCAGACAACUAACUAUCAACACCUUUUACAUCUACACAAUGGGGCUUGUUGAUUACUCGGAUUCUGACACGUCAGAUGUUGAAGCGACACCCGUAACUAAGCCAGCACCGAACAGUUCAAAGCCGGCCUUUCAGAAAGUCGUCGACCGAUCCAAUCCUGGUAAAAUCAAAGUAUCUCUACCUCAAGCCGCAUUACAAGACGAUACCAAGACCGAUGAACCUCCUACCAAGCGAGCUAAGAUUGGGGGUGGUGGAUUCAGUGGGUUCAAUUCUUUUCUACCGGCGCCAAAACGUCCAGGUCAAUCUGGGAAUGCGACUCUUGGUGGCGGCAAUGCAGCGAAGAAGGGUAGUCUUGGAGCUGGCGUGAGUCUGAAGACUGGGGCUGCGCCUGGAUUCAGUCGAGAACCAGAACCGGAGCGGGAAUACACAGGCGAUUUGGAGGAACCAGAAACCGAGCAAACGCUGACAGGUGGAGGGUCGGGAUUGCAUCUACCGCCACCGAGAGCAUUACCGGAUGGCGGACAGAAGCCAGCCGAAGAGGUCAAAUUAGUUGGCAAGCCGUUGAUGUUCAAGCCUCUAUCGGUAGCCAGGAAACCGACAAAGAAGAAGAAAGCUACACCUACCAGUACCUCAGCCGCAACUUCCACUCCUCCCACUCCCGUCACUCCACAAGCAGCUCCAGAGAAGCCAGCACAACGACCCAAAAUAUCUCUAUUCUCAAUGUCAGCAGAGCCGAGCUCCGUGGCACCGACAUCAAAUACAGAAUACAAGCCCAUGAUCUACUCCCCCGAAAUCGAAGAACCGGGAGAGGACUUGGAACCCUCCUACGAAGACCACACACCCACAACAACCCACGCCAUCCCCCCCGCCGUUCCCACCCCGCCCGUUUCCCAAUCACUAGACGACAUCGCCGGUGAUCUGAACCUCAGCGCCGCCGAGCGCCGGCAGCUAUUCGGGCGCCAGAAAGGGGGCCGCACCACGGCUACGAAAAUCAUCAACUUCAACACCGAUGAGGAAUACCUGCAUAACGAGCAGCUGAGAGCGUCGGGCGAGCAGGUUGUGCAUAAUCCUGUGCGUUCGAUCGCGCCGGGUAAGCAUAACUUGAAGCAGCUGGUCAAUGCGGUGCAGAGCCAGAAGGAGGCGCUGGAGGAGAGCUUUGCGAAGGGGAAGAGUAAUCGCGCAGAGGCGAGUAGUAGGUAUGGGUGGUGAGAAUAAUGUGCGGGAUGCUGGUUUGUGGAUAUAUGUGAUGAGGAUGAGGCAUGGAAUUUGAUACCCUUAUUUACCUAUACGAACACACACCUGUAUAAGGUACGCAAAGCCCCGGGGUUUAGAUAAAAUGGCAGUUCUUUUCGCAGCCAUAUAUAAUCAUUAUUCGCCUCGAAGAAUG